CUUAAACCCCGCUAAAUAUCCUUUUUCUUCUUCCAACCCUCUUCAUUAGCCAACCUUUUACUGAUAAAACUUUUUAUUUUGCGUACUGAUUUGACGAACUGGAAUAUUUUUUCUCAACUCAUUUCCUAUACCCUUAUCAUUUGCACUCUUCGACUCUUUCUUGUUUGUUUUAAGAAUGAAUCCGUCCAACCCUUCACAUACUGGCGUUCGAGCCGAGCCGAAAUUUCUGAGGGAUCCCACAUCACUUGAAUUCAUUUCGUCGGGAAUUUCUCGCUUGUCAUCCUACGUUGCCUCCAAUCUACCUAAACGAAAGCCGAGCUUUCCACCUUUUAUGCCCAAUGUCGAUCCGCAGUUACAACAGCUUAUAUAUCAGCAGCAGCAGCAGCAGCAACAGCAACAGCAACAACAGCAGCAAAAUAUGCCUUUUGUGAAAUCUGAUCUCAAAGCUGGAGAAAGUGAAGAAGACGUUGAAGGCAUGGAGUCAUUGACGUUUGCAUCCUUUCAAAAGAUCGAAUUACCAAAGCAAGCAAAUGACGGUGGUUCAUCUGUCACGAGACGGUCUUGCCUUUUGCUUGGUUAUCAGGGUGGUUUUCAGGUGUGGGAUAUCACCAAUCCCGAAAAUAUUCACGAGCUGUGCUCCAUUCGAGAUCAAGAUCGGUUUGCUGCGGUUUCAUAUAUGCAUGUUCUCACCGAUCCGUAUAUGGAUAUGAUGAGCGAAGAAUCCGUGGAUCGAUUUUCCGACGCUAGACCUUUAUUGGCGAUUGUUUCAACCCGUGAAUCCAAUACAGAGCCCUCGACUACCAACAACGGUGACAAUAACACCGCACAAAGCGAUGUUUCAUCCCCCGUUUCAUCCACGACAUUGUAUAUUUAUUCACUCCGAACCUUGGAACUCAUUGAAGAAAUCGAUGACUUGGACAAGAACAAUAAAGAGCUCACAAUCACAAGCAUUAGCAGCAAUAGGCGGUCCGUAGUCAUCGCAUGUAGUGGUCGCACUCAAUCUGCAUUGCAUAUUCGCUCCGCAUUCGAUUUGUCGCAGCAAGCCGCGCCUCUGACUGAUGUCUUUCAUGACCCAACCACUGGACCUACCUUCACUUUAGGGACUCGAUUUAUUGCGUAUGCUACUAAUGCGGUCGUACUGAAUUCUGACCCGGUCAUGGGAUCGCUGAGUCAGGGCGGCAUCAGUGGGGCCAUGGGAGUUUGGAGCGGUGAAAAAGACGUCAAAGGGGCCGCCAAAGACAUUGCUAAAGAAAUGAUGAAUGGCAUGAAAUCCUUGAGUGAAUACGGCUACAAAUCCUUGUCCAAUUACUUUUCUCAAUCCCAAGGUUCUGAUCCCAUUCUUAUUUCUGGCACCUCUGUCUCGCCUCGACACUCCGCUAGCAUCCCUUCCCCUUCCAACAGUAAACCAGAAUAUUAUGAAAAGCCGGCUUCCAACGCCUCAUCUCCCUUGGCCAGUAGGAAACUUCCUCCCGCAGGCAUGAUCAUGAUCCGAGAUACCCUGAAACUUCCUUCAUCGCCCUUGAAGAAUCUCUCUGCGUCGACGAUUGCUCAUUUUCGACCACACAUCCAUCCUGUGACAUGUCUGGCAUUCAACAAUGCUGGUACCUUAUUGAUGUCAGCAUCCAAACAGGGUCACAAUUUCCAUGUAUUCACCAUUCUACCUCCUGGAAAUCAAUUGGGAAACGUAUCUCAUCUGUACAAUCUCUCGCGCGGAUAUACCGAUGCUCAUGUAGAAGACUGUCAAUUUUCGGUCGAUUCCAUGUGGUGUGCGGUGAGUACAGCGCGAGGAACGACCCAUGUGUAUGCCAUCAACCCAUACGGAGGCAAACCUGAAAUCAUUGGUCAUGUAUACGGUCGUGUUAACAAUCUAGGCUAUCAUCCGUUCCUCAAGCCAAAGUCCAACCAGAUGACAACUCAGAAUUCCGUGGUGCGUGUCAAGCAACGGCAUGCUAUGCCAAUGGAACCGCCUUUGGCAUGCGAUGAAUAUGCUCUUUACACAAAUCCGAAUACACCCUACAUCGGACCAAAUUUCGUUGGACCGACGCCUUCCUCUUCCGCGUCUACUACGCGAACUGCCAAACACAAUAUACCCCGUCCAAAGUUGAUUGCUACCUUUUUAUCCGCCACCCGAGUUCCUUAUCUUUUGAAUAAUACCACGUUCUCUAAAUUGGCCAACGUGCCAACUCAGCCAAAAACCCACGCUUCUUCCACAGGUUAUUCUACCUCGUCCGCACCACUCACCACUGCCUUUAAAAACCAAGCUUCCAGUUUUGGAUCCAUGCUAUCCAACUUUGGAACGACCGUGGCUAGUACACAGCUGGCGUCUUAUUUGCCACAGCAAGCACGACCACCGACGUGGACCUCGGCCAAGGAUAAAACGAGUGAUAAUCGUCUUUUCGGAUUUGACGAAGAAGAAUUUUCAGUCGAAGAUGAUACCGCCAAAAUUGUGAAUGACGAGACAGGAUACCAAGACCUUUACUCAUUCCAUCCAUGUGGUAUUCUUACGCUGCACCGUUGCUGGGUGACGAAAACCAUUGUGAAGAAACGUGAGCACGGUAGGAACAUUGAGAAGUUGGAACUAUCCAUUAAAGAAGAAGACAUUGCGGAAUGGCGUGUACGACGUAGUCAGGAUUGGGAAGAAGUCAAGAUUCCUCUGCAACCCAAACCCAGCGUCUCUUCUGUGUCUCUGUCUACUCAAGGAGACUCGGAUCAAAGCACAGAUACAUCCGAAGAUGUCACUCCACCAUCCGAUGGUUCGAUUACGGCCGCGACCACAACGAAAAAAUCCAGGAAACAGCUCGCCCUUAAGAAAAAGGCCGCUCCUAAACGUGUAGUCCAGCCAUCCAAACCCGUUUCCUCCACGGAGCGACCCACGAAAAAAUGGUUGUCCAAUGCUGAGAUCACGACGUAUGGCGUGGUGCCGAAUGAUUCCGCUUUGUGGACCAAUCCUCAAUUCAGCUUCCAGACAUACCAUCCUGAGGAUUUAAAUAAGUUGGAGAAGCAUGGCAUUAUUCCACGCACCAACACGGUAGCUGUCAGAAAAGAUAUCCCUGAGCCUUAUUCACGUCGCAUUGAUCGUGUAGGCAAAACAUCGACGCGACUCACCAAUCAGGAAGACGAAAACUUGGAAGAUGCUUUGGCCGAACUGGAAGAUAACAUUUCCAAGGCCAUGCAGACCUCCUUCACGCCAUCGCCGACGUUCAAAACGGUAUUUUCGGCCAGUCCCGCUGGCGCUUCCCGCUUGUCAUCGAGUGUGGGAUCCAACUAUAAUGGGAGCAGUGCAUUGAACCGAUCCAUGCCCCAUAACAACACGUCGCUUUCAUUUGAAGAUGCGUAUCUGAUUAGUAUGGGUGGUGCCCCAGGAUUGGAAACCGCGUACGAUGGACAGGAUGGAUUAGAGUACAUUCAACCUGUUCGACCCAAUGUGGCGGCCAUGCAUAACAGCUCGUUGAUCCAGUUUGAUGAUGACGAACGAAGUAACAGUAUUGUAAAAUCAAAUGACACGAUACGUCUCGAAGAAAGCGAUGACGGUGACAGCAGAGACAUCCCGUUUACAGGAGCGGAUAUUUUCUCACCCGGUGGCGAUACAGAAGUAGCGUAUCCCAGCGAUUCCAUUUUUGGCGAUAGCUUUGACAAGUAAAAUUACUGAUUUGUCUAUUGCCUUUCUUGCCAUUCCUUUUUUCUUAUCGUUUUUCCCAUUCAAGAAGACAGCAUCCAUCCAGCGCAGAUAGUUAAAAGAAAAAGAAAAAAAAACGAAAUCAAGCCAUUCAGCGAUAAAUUUGUAAAUAUCUUGCGACAAUACAGUAAAUCCUCCUUCCCUUUUAUGAAGUGUUUAACAUGGCAGAUGCUGCUAGAUUUUUAUAGUUUACACUUGAAAGAUUCUUCCAAAA